UUAAGGUGGGACGGAAAAUUCCAGUCAGAAUCUGGCGAACUGGAAAGUUCAGCCUCGUAAAGCGGAAAACUGGAAUGAGAAGCGAGUUUAAGCCUCGGUUUGAUCAUUUUUAGCCGGUUUUUGAGGUCAGUGAGUGUCUGAUUACGAGCUUAAAUGCAGGAUGAAGAUUAGACUGGUGCUAAUUUUAGUCUCGGCUAAACUCAGUGAAACCGUUAACGUUAGUUUUUGGAAAAUGUGUGUAGUCACGCUUAAAACUGGACGGUCAGAAGUAUUGAAUGGUUUUUCUUCGUGAUACAGACAAUCCAGACGUAGCUGACGCCUAACCUCACAAUCCAGAUGUAGUGGAUGACUGUUUAACGUAUUUGAUGUGUAAUCCAGGUGUGCUUAAUGAUGCCUAAUUUGUUUUUUUGUUGUUGUUUUUUUAUAUAAUCCAGAUGUGUUUAAUUAAGCCUAAUUGGGUUUUUGGGAAGCCGAAUGCGAUUCUCAGGCAGACGUUAGUGUAUUUCCAGCUGUGCUGAAGCUCCUUCAGGGGUGGCAGAGCUGAUCAGGUUUAGGUGAAGAUCUAGAAACUGUGAGAGGUUAAUGGCCGUGUGUGCGGUGCGGAUUCUCGUGGUCCUGGUUUUGCGGUGAGCCGUGGUGCCGUAGAGCUGUUUUUAUAGUGAAGUAUGUAAAUAAAGACUCAACAAUGCGUAUUUAGUGUAAACUGUGUUCAUGUUUGGUUCAUCAGUGUUUGUUUGUGUUUAUUUCUCUGCAGUUCUGUUUUCCUCGUGAAGCCGCGGAUCCUGCGCAGGUCAUGCAGCGCGGUCAGGGUCAGGGGCAGGCCGUCCGGCGGCGCCGAGCGGAGCACUCGGACACGCUCAAGCCGCCGAAACCCAAACAGGUACGCUCAGCCUCAGGUGAGCACAGGCCGGCCGGGCCGGUGAAAACGGUCAAAGCGGACAAAGGGGCCACCGGGCAGUGCCGCCUGUGCCACGGUCACUUCUCCACCCGCAGGCUGCGGCGCGUCUUCGGGAAGCCCCCGGACUCGGAGCAGUUCUGCCGAGACUUCCAGCGUCUCCUGGGCGUCCCGCUGCUCCGCGACCCGUCAUUGUCCCAGUUCAUCUGUAGGACCUGCUACGCCCAGUUCUAUAAGUGCCUCGCCGUCCUGACCAACUUCAGAGCGCGAGUGAACCUCAUGCCCAACUCCACCAUCACAGACAGCAGACCCACAAAAUGGCCUUCAUCAAAAGAAGACAAGAACCGAGCACGUGUUCAGAUCCAGGGUAGGAUUCCCUCACCUGUCCAGUCUGAGGACAGUGACCUGUCAGACAGUCUCUCCAGCGAUGAGGACGACGAUGACGACGACGAUGAUGACGACGAUGAUGAGGACAAGAGGAAGAGCAGCUCGUCUGACGACAGCUCUGACCCUUACGCAGAGAAUCGGGUGAGCUCCUCUAAGAAGAUCAGUAAAGAAACUGUAAAGAAACCAGUGAAGCUGAAGAUCCUGCAGCCCAAAGAGAGAAAGAAGCCUGGACCCAAACCCGGCUGGAAGAAGAAGGCAGGACUAGAGGGCGAGGCGGUCGUCUAUACCUGCCACCACCAGGGCUGCAGCGCUGUGUACAAGACACGGGACGGCCUGAAGAAACACAUACGGGAGCAUCAUGAGGAUGUCCGAGAGCGGCCGUGUCCUCAUCCGGGCUGCAACAAGGUCUUCAUGAUCGACCGUUACCUGCAGAGACACAUGAAACUCAUCCACACAGAGGUGAGGAACUAUGUGUGUGAGCAGUGCGGACAGACGUUUAAGCAGAGGAAGCACCUUCAGGUCCAUCAGAUGAGGCACUCCGGAGCCAAACCUCUGCAGUGUGAGGUGUGCGGGUUCCAGUGCCGUCAGCGCGCCUCCCUGAAGUACCACAUGGUUAAGCACCAGGGGGAGGAGGACCUGGAGUUCGCGUGCGCUCUGUGCAGGAAGCGCUUCGAGAAGGCGCACAACCUGAACGUCCACAUGAGCAUGGUCCACCCGCUGCUGCAGGGGGGCGGGAUCAUGCUGCCCGACGACCCUGAACACCCGAUCCAUCCCGACCCCGCCGACCUUGACGUGAAGGAGGGUGGGAUCGCGCUGCCAGCUGACCCCGCUGACCUUGCCGCAGAGGGGGGUGAAGUCACGCUGCCCUCUGGCCCCAACAACCACGACCCUGGUGCAGAAAGGGGCGGAGUCACACUGCCCUCUGACUCUGACAACCACGACCCCGGUGAGGUCGCUGCAGAGGGGGGUGAAGUCACGCUACCGUCUGACCCCGACAACCACGACCAUGGCGACGUCUCCACGGAAGGGGGCGAAGUAACGCUGCCGUCUGACCCCGACAACCAUGACCCCGGCGAUGUCACUGUGGAAGAAGGUGAAGUCACGCUGCCCUCUGACCCUGACUCUGGUGACCUCGCUGCUGAAGGGGGCGAAGUAACGCUGCCUUCUGACCCCGACACCCACGACCCUGGUGACGUUGCUGUGGAAGCAGGUGAAGUCACGCUGCCCUCUGACCCUGACUCUGGUGACCUCGCUACAGAAGGGGGCGAAGUCACGCUGCCCUCUGACCCCGACCCCGACCCCAGCACACAGGAGGAUGAGAUCGCGAGGCCCUCGGACCCCGACAGCCACGACCCCGGCGAACUCGCGGCGCAGACGAACACCGAGGGGGCCGAGAUGAACUGCGAGCUGCCAGCCAUCCAUAGUGACCUCAUACAGCCGGCGCUGUAAAGCACUGCGGCCCGAAAUGAGCAGGACGGACUCUUUAAAGGAAGAUUCACCUUUUUAUUACAUUUAAUACUUUUUUCAAGUUCUGAGAGUCACAUUCAGAGUUCAGAGGCGUUUCUUCAACAACGUUCCUGUUUCGUGAUGCAGAUGUUGAAACGCAGAUGUUUCCCGGACUCAGACUCGUUCCUGCAGACAGAAGAACAGAAACAGUGAACUUUCACCAGAACUUUUUUUUUUAACCCUUAGAAGUGAAAAGUUAUUACAUUUAUUUUGCUAUACUGUUCAUUCACGUCUGCAUGGACGCGGCCAGGCCGACCUUUUUCUGUUUGAUGUUAAAAAGUGAAAA